CCUGCCCGCGCUGACGUCAAGAAACUUUCUCCGAGGCUCAGGCGGGAGCGGGCCGAGGCGGGCGUCGUGUGCCGGCGCGGCAGCGCGACGGUGUUCAUCACCUUACUAGAUUAAGGUGUGAUAAAACCCCAAAACAAACCCAUAAACAUCAUUGACUGGAUAGAUUUUUCAACAUGAAUCGUGCUUUUAGCAGGAAGAAAGACAAAACAUGGAUGCAUACUCCUGAAGCCUUAUCAAAGCAUUAUAUUCCCUAUAAUGCAAAGUUUCUUGGCAAUACGGAAGUAGAGCAACCCAAAGGCACAGAAGUUGUAAGAGAUGCUGUUAGAAAAUUAAAGUUUGCAAGACAUAUCAAGAAAUCUGAAGGCCAGAAGACACCCAAAGUUGAAUUACAAAUCUCAAUCUAUGGUGUAAAAAUUCUAGAUCCAAAAACAAAGGAAGUCCAGCACAACUGCCAGCUCCAUAGGAUAUCAUUUUGUGCUGAUGAUAAAACUGACAAGAGAAUAUUUACUUUCAUAUGCAAAGACUCAGAAUCAAAUAAGCAUCUGUGCUAUGUGUUCGACAGUGAAAAGUGUGCAGAAGAAAUAACUUUAACAAUUGGUCAAGCAUUUGACUUAGCUUACAGGAAAUUUCUGGAAUCUGGAGGAAAAGACGUUGAAACAAGGAAACAAAUUGCUGGUUUACAAAAAAGAAUUCAAGAAUUAGAAACUGAAAACACAGAACUGAAGAAUAAAGUUCAAGAUUUGGAAAACCAGCUAAGAAUAACACAACUACACGCAUCUCCAGCAGGCAGUGUGACACCUAAAUCACCCUCCACUGACAUCUUUGAUAUGGUUCCCUUUUCUCCCAUAUCCCCUCAGUCAUCAACACCUACCCGCAAUGGUACACAGCCUCCUCCAGUACCCAGUAGAUCUACAGAGAUCAAGAGAGACCUAUUUGGAGCAGAACCGUUUGACCCUUUUAACUGCGGAGCAGGAGAUUUCCCUCCAGACAUUCAGUCCAAACUAGAUGAGAUGCAGGAGGGGUUCAAAAUGGGAUUAACUCUCGAAGGAACAGUAUUUUGUCUUGACCCACUAGACAGCAGGUGCUGAUGCCAAGAAAUAAAUGUGAAAUUCCUACACAGUGUUAUAUUUUUAAUUCAGAAAACGUAUAUGCAGAUAUUAUCCAUGUGCCAAAUAUUGCUUUUUUUCCACAUGUAAACUCUUUUGAGGUUUGCUUCUGUAAAAAUCCAACUUAGUUCCAUUAUUUCCCUGUACAAAUGUAAAAAGUUGUGUUUGUUAAUGAAAGAUGAGUUAAAUUACGCCAUGAUGUUUCUUUCUCUGACGUUUUGGCCUGAGUUUGCUAUACUUUAUGGCUAUUAGCCUGGAGAAGUUCUUCAGAAAGCUGACACAUAUCUGUUUCUGGCCUCGCAAGCCUGAUUUUUACAUUAUAUUUUACUUGGCAGCAUUUUGAAAUUAUGCUUUUAAGCCAUUAUUUAAUAAUCAAGCAGUAAAAUGGGUAGUAAAAUUUAGUACAAAAAGUUCAAAUUGCAGUGAAAAGGCAGAAAAUACUAACCCUUAAUAUAUGCUUAAAAGGUAAAUCUGGAUGCUGUGUAAUUGAUUUCCAUUACUGUGUAUGGCUACUAUGCUGUAUAUAGGUUGGUAUUAAUUUAUAAAAUCCAGAUGAUUUUUAGGUCCUUCAUGCUUUAGAAACUAACAAAUUGUUAAUACGCUAAUUAGUGUUCAGUGACCAUGGAACUGUUAAAUUGCAGACUGGACAAAGUAACUGCCUUUUGGUUUGACGUUUUGUAGCUGAACUGUAAAGUAUGUAAUUUGGAAUUCAUCACAUGAUGACCAUAAUGUUAAAAUAAGAUUAUGGCUUUGCAUUCACUUAGGAAGUCACAUAAUUCUGUGUAUAAGCAGGCACUCUGUUGACUGGGCUCAGUUCUGUAAGUUACUUUCCACACUCUAGUGAUUACCGUCAGGAGUGUUUUUUUCACUGUCUGCUUUAAUGUUUUGUGUCUUAGUAUAAUUUUGAAGCUUGCUGCAAGAGUUCAAUACAAGUUAGUAAGUCCUUCAUACCUACUGGUUGUACAUGUUACAGAAAUAACCGCACACCAAAAUUUUCACCUAUGGAGCUGAACUCUGUCCUGUCUAUGCACACUCUCAUUACUUUUUAGCACAAGCAAUACAAUUCCAUCUUAAACCUGUCUCUGAAAGCUAUAGUUAGUGUUUUGAUGCCCAAAUCCCACAGUAGUUCAAUUCAAAACUUUUAAAAACUCUUAAUGAUUUCCCUCAAAACAUACAGAUGUGGAAAAAAAAAUUGAGAGCAUUUUUUUUAAUAUUGUCUUUCUUUUUUCAUGGCAGUGUUUUUUGUGAUACUUCUGAUUUUGCCCUUAACAGUUACAGUUUACACCAAAAAUGCAUUUUGUCAAUUUUUCCUCACAUAUAUCUCUUAAUGCCCUGUUCAACAAGGUACUUCUGCAUAUACCUUAGAAGUCUUCUGAAAUGAAUGGGAUUAUUCUUUUGCUGAGUUUGGCAUAUGCUCAGGUAGCUUGCUGUAUGGGGGCCUCAGUCUUCCUUAGUCUUACUCUGUGUUCAACAUCCAUAUAAAGUAUUAUAUAUAAAUAUAUAUAUUAAAAUAUAUAAAGUCACUAACAAAUAGAAUAGUAUAUGUUUCAUAAAGAGAAAUCUUUAUAAUUUUGUUUGUCAUAUAGUAUUUUGGAAUUUAUAUAAUUGAGGAUGUUUAGUAACCACAGCAAUGGCUUUUUUUAACAAAUAGAAUUUGUAUUUUUAUUGUACCUGAAAAAACUUUACAUAAUAAGCAUCUAUUUAGUGGUCAUUUAUUAUCAAUGGUAACACUAAGAUAAUAUUUGCACAUUUUAAGAAACCUUUUUCGUUACUGAUUUUUAUGAUAGUCAACUGCAAAUGGCAUGGUUAAAUAUUACAUACCUGCUUAAUCCAUACAACAAUACUUAACACAGCAGCGCGUUUUUAAUGAAAAGGUUAUGUGAUCCAAUUGGAAACUGUAUUUCUAUGUAAUCUCAAAUGUCCUGUUUAAUUUUGCCUAAAAUAAAAGUUUUUAAAGAA